AUGGCUUCUGCUGGUCUUCAGAUCCUGGGAAUCAUCCUGACAACCCUUGGCUGGAUCAAUGCCCUGGUCUCCUGUGCCCUGCCCAUGUGGAAGGUGACCGCCUUCAUCGGCAGCACCAUCAUGGUGGCCCAGGUGAUGUGGGAGGGGCUGUGGAUGUCCUGUGUGGUGCAGAGCACGGGACAGAUGCAGUGCAAGGUGUACGACUCGCUGCUGGCCCUGCCCCAGGACCUGCAGGCCGCCCGUGCCCUCUGCGUUGUCGCGCUGCUGCUGGCCCUAAUUGGCCUGCUGGUGUACCUCGCGGGGGCCAAGUGUACUACCUGUGUGGAAGACAAGGACUUCAAGGCUCGCCUGGUACUCACCUCCGGCAUCAUCUUCAUCAUCUCUGGGGUCCUGACCCUGAUCCCUAUCUGCUGGACAGCCAACACCAUCAUCCGUGACUUCUACAACCCCCUGGUACUCGAGGCUCAAAAGAGGGAGUUGGGGGCCUCCCUCUACCUGGGCUGGGCUGCCUCAGGUCUUUUGUUCUUGGGCGGGGGGCUGCUGUGCUGCACAUGCCCCUCUGGGAGGUCACGGGCCUCCAACCAUUACAUGGCCCGUUAUUCAGCAUCUGCCCCACAGAGCACCUCUCGGGGGCCCUCUGAGUACCCCACCAAGAAUUAUGUCUGA